AUGCUGGGAACAUUAGAAAACUGGGAUAAUUCGGACUUGGAAGCUGUUAUAAUUCAUAAAAGCACUGGAUUUUCGCCGUAUUUUCUUAUGUUUGGUCAACAAUCAAAAUUAGACAUUGACGCAUUUAUAGAAUUACUAACGGAAGACAAUAGCAACAGUUCACAGAACAUAUGGAAUGCGCUGCAAGGAGGUUACGCAUGGAGAACCUAUGACGAGCAGUUCCGUAUCCGUCAGGCACUCUUGCCUUCCCCUUGUGAAACAAAGAAUCGUCGAUAUCUCACAGGAAAUGAGGAAGUCAACACAUUAACUUAUGAAUGGUUUAAAGAUGCUGUUAAUAGGAGAGUAAACAUCACAGGGCCAUUAAUACAGGAACAGGCCCUCAAUUUUGCAGCAAAACAAGGAAAUACGUCCUUUAAGGCCUCGAAAGGUUGGCUUGAGUGUUUCAUUAAGAGACAUAAUAUUUCAUUUUGGUCUAUGAGUGGUGAGAGGGGCGAUGUAAAGCAGUCAACAAUUUCUGAAUGGACAGAAAAAUUACCUACAUUAUGUGCAAACUAUAAACCAGAAAAUAUUUUCAAUAUGGAUGAAACAAGUUUAUUUUUUCGUGACAGUGGACGUAAGACUUAUCGAUUAAAAGGUGAUGAUUGCGCUGGAGGGAAAAGAUCAAAGGAGCGAAUAACAGCGGCUUUGUGCUCUAGUUUGACCGGCGAGAAGAUUAAGCCUCUUGUUAUUGGUAAAUCUCGUAAUCCGAGGUGUUUUGGUAGAAUGGACGAGGUGCGAAAACAGCAGAUGACUGUAUUAUUGCCAAAGGCAGCAAUGUCCGAAUUAAACGUUUUGUAUAAAACGGUCGGUCCAGUUAAGGAGGAACGAUUCAGGCUACUCGCUCCCGAGGCCGACUCGGAACCCCGCCUUGUGCCGACCUUUCUGUGGGAUACCUUCAAUUUAGAGCCGGCCAGUUAUUACGGUCUAGAAUAG